UAAACAUUGCAGAAGGAAUGUUAGUUUUUGUGUUCUCUCAUAUAGAAUAGAGGUUGUCAAUGUUUUCAGUUUUCACUCCAUUUCUUGUUUUUGACUUAAAAAUUUGUUUCAAAUCAAUUUGAUGUUAACAUUUUUUUAAUUAACAUACCGCUCUUGAAAUUUGGCAUUCAAUUUGUAUUUGACGAAGAUGCCGACGUGUGUGAUUCGCGGUUGCAAAAAUAGACCAGAAAUGGUCCAGCAAAACAGGCAGAACAACAAACUUCAGUUGACUUUCCACAGGUUCCCUCUGAUGAACCCAGAAAUGAUGAAAGUGUGGAUGCAAACAAUAGGCACCAAGAAUUUAAAAAGCCCAGAGUGUCCAAUUCACAAAUGCUCCAUAAUCUGCUCCGAUCAUUUCGAUCCAAAAUUCAUCAAAUUUUCUGGAAUGCGCACGCGACUGGUACCUGAAGCCAUUCCUACAAUUUUUAGAUACACCACUGCAUAUGUUAUGAACAGACCAUCUGGGAAAACUAGCUCAAUUAAAAAUGAACCUUCUUCCUCCACACAUGCUGUUGGAAGAAAGAAAAUCGAUGCCACGCUAACCUGGAAGCCUGGAUCAAAAAAGAUAGUUGAUGUUCCAUCUGCACCUUUAUUCAGCAGCAAAACAAAAUGUGUUAAGAUUCUCCCUGCUCCUGAACCAGAACAGCAAAUGUUUGUUUUCUUGAAAAGUGGCUCCAACUCUCCUCCAGUUCUUGAGCAACCACAAAUAAAGGCGCAAGAAAUAACUGGCAGUAGUUCCAUCAUUUCAAUAUCGAAUUCAAUCUCCACCAUUAGUGAGACUGGGCCAUUCGCGAUUCCCAUUGAAGAGAUAGGAAAGCAAAAUGUUGUGUGCGUCGUCGGCAUCAAUUCUGGAGAACAGCCGAGUGUCAAAAUUUUAGACCCAGUUAGUGUGGAGGGCUCAAACAAGUUUGAAGAUCUCUGCCGAGUGUGCCUUGGAAUGUCACCUUUGAUGACGCCUAUUUUUAAAAACGGAACUGAUCUGGUUAACAAGAUUCACAAACAUCUGUCAAUCAGGGUUUGCCAGGAUGAUGUACUGCCAAUGAAAGUGUGCUCCAAGUGCAUAAAAAUCCUUGACACGGUAGAAGAGCUUUCAGCGUUGAGCUAUGAAAAUGAACUGAAGUUAAAACUGGCUCUAGAAACAGACAAAGAAAUUAAUCAGAUCAGCACAGUGAAAAAUUUAGUUCCUUCGGCAGAAGUCACUAAAAAAGAGAUUGAGAAGGAAAGUGAGCAGAUCUUCCAUUGUCUAGACUGUGGCAAAACCAGCUCCAAUUUUAAGUCGUUUGCUCGCCAUUGCUAUGCUGUGCACAAGAGGAAAAAGUGCAAGUGGUGCAAUGCCUUACUCGCAAAUGCGGAAGAAAUGGAAGCGCAUAGAAUUGAAGCGCACGGCUCGAGUUGUGAGGCUUGUGGUGCCAAGUUCAAAGGAAUCAACGCGUUGCUCAGGCAUAUUCGCCAGCAGCACCCAGAUUUCAAGUCAAACACAUGUGAGAUCUGCGGUAAAAGCUUUAUCAGCAAGUAUAGCCUGGCGGUGCACUGCCAAAUCCACAAUACCAACACGCCGUUCCUCUGCGAUUCGUGCGGCAAGAGUUUCAAGAGCAAGCAGAAACUGAAAAAGCAUAUUUGCAAUCCAGAGGACGAGAUGGAGGUUCGCAGCAACAACAAGUGCAACAUAUGCGGCAAAACCUACACGUUCCGCUCGUCCCUGCAGAGGCACCUCAUCCGACACACUGGCAACAGGAGGUUCCAGUGUCACAAAUGCUCCAAAAGCUUUUACGGUGCGGUCAAUCUCAAGAAUCACAUGGUUGUGCAUGAGAAAUCAACUCUUUUCGAGUGUCAAAUGUGCUGUGCAAGGUACUACCACAAGAGGAAUAUGAUCACUCACUUGAAGGACAAACACUCAACACAGUGGAACUACAAAUGUCCGUACUGUGUCAACCUGUUUGCCUCAAUUGAUGAGUGUGUGCGGCACAGAGACGAGGCUCACGGAAGCGAGCAUAAGGAACAAGGCGUGGUAUCAGCCCAAAAAGACGAUGUUGAAUUUGAGGAAUUUAGAUGCAAAAUAUGUGACAGACUGUUUGAAAACAUCUACGCCCUGACGCACCACUUCGAGGAGCACGUCAUGCACGGGCCAGAAGACCUGAACAUCAAAACCAUUGGGGUGGACGGGUUGCUGGAGUGCGCGUUGUGCGGCGCCAACCUGACCUCUACCUGGGCGAUGCGGUGCCACAUCAAGAAAAGCCACUUGGGAGUCAGCCAGAAGGAACUGCUGCACACGUGCGACACGUGCUCGAAGCAGUUCGCGACCAAGAGCCAGCUGCGGCGCCACGUGAUGAUGCACACCGGCGAAAAACCCUUCAGCUGCGGCAGAUGUGGCGCUGAGUUUAGGAACAGCACUGCACAGAAGAUCCACAUGCGAAUCCACACCGGGGAGACUCCCUAUCACUGCCAGAAGUGUCCCAAGCAAUUCCGCAGUAGCGCCAUCCUCAGGAGCCACGAGGUCUUCCAUGCCAGGCCUUUUAGCUGCAACCUGUGUUCGCAGAAAUUCUCAUGCAAGUCGGCGCUGAAGUCUCACUUGAAUUUGCACAAUAAGGACGAAAGUGAAGAUAAGCUGGUGGUGUACAAAUGCCAGUUCUGCGAUUUCAUCAGCAAAAGCAGGUCCACAGUGAGGAAGCAUGAAGUCAUUGCCCACGUGGAAAUUGACAUUGAGGCUGACGUGAAUUUGGAACAACUAGCAGGUCCGAAUGUGGCGUCUGAAGUGCAGACGGAUGAACAUACUGAAUUUGUGACAAAUGUUGCAGCGACCUAUUUUACUAUGUAAAAUCACAAUUUAUAUUUACUUAAAGCUCUGUUGACCUGCAAUAAAUUAAUUUUGAAUCUAAA